AAUGCUUCAGUUCAGUCAUGGCGGGCUUCCGGUCCUUGAAAUCCCUAAUCCAAAACCCUAAAAAAUCAAGAACCUUCGUCACCGCCACCGCCUCCUCCUCCUCCAUCUCCGCCCCUCUUCACUACUCUCCUCUCUCCUACCCUCUCUCCCACCCCCUCGUCCGAUUGCCGUCUCAGAUUUCCAGGUCCUUCCUCUCUCCGCUUUCCAAUUGGAUCGUUCCUUUUCACGGACCGCCCUUCCUCUCUUUCCCUCCAUGGAAGCUCUCGCAGUCCUCCACUCCGCUUUACAUUGGCGGAAACGCCGUCGUUCUCAGAAAGAUCGAAGCUUCAUUGAACUUGAACCUGCUAAGGAGGAGACCGAGCUUCCCGCUCCCAUUGGAAGUUGGGUCACUAUCGCCGGCGCCGACGGUCGUGGAUCGCCGUGUCGGGUUGAAAGAGGGCGCUGACGAUUUCGUCAAUUUGCCCAAUUUGAUCUCCAUGAGUCGGUUGAUUUCAGGUCCUUUCCUUGGAUGGAUGAUCAUGAAUGAAUGGUACUCUUCUGCAAUGGCGGGGUUGGUUAUCUCUGGGGCAACUGAUUGGUUGGAUGGAUACAUGGCUAGGAGGAUGAAGAUCAAUUCUAUUGUUGGGUCCUAUCUGGAUCCCCUUGCUGACAAGGUUCUUAUUGGAUGCGUUGCUCUGGCCUUGGUACAUAAGGGUCUUCUUCAUCCUGGACUUGUUGGGCUCAUUGUGUUCCGGGAUGUCGGGCUUGUUGGUGGUGCAGUAUAUCAAAGAGCUAGUAGCUUGGGGUGGAAGCGGAAUGGUUGGUCCGACUUUUUCAACCUUCAUGAAACCCGCCCUGAGAAGGUGGAACCUCUCUUUAUUAGUAAGCUUAACACAGUCUUCCAGCUUAUUUUAGUUGCGGCAGUUCUUCUUCAACCGGAGUUUGGAACACAAGAAACUCAGUCAUACAUCACAUACCUGAGUUGGUUAGUUGCAUCAACAACAGUGGCUUCCACAGCAGCUUACGGCGCCCAACACUUGAGGAGAUCUGCAUUGACCGCUCGGAAAUCGUAAUUUAAGUAACACAGUAACUCUUUCAGGCUGCAACAUCUUUGAGUUCUAAUGCGCAGCAUAAAUCGUAACUUAUCAGUAAGAAUUUUGACGAACAAGCUACUGGUUUUCACACUUUGGGAAAGCGAUCGCACUCGCAGUUAUCUGAGCUACAGACGCAGAUCGCGUAGAAGAAAACGGAGACGGAUGUCUACUCGGUGAAGUUGUGAACGGUAGCAAUGAGAGAGAACUGACCUUUACAGCCCUAGAGAAAUUUUUGAAAAGAGAAAUGUAACUGAUAUGCCGAUGUCGGAUUCAGGUUGUUGACUUCCAAACUGUGUAUGGUUUUUCGAAAAGCUCUUCAGCUUCAGAAGACUGCUUGCUAUGCCACCAUGCAUUUCAAGCCACUAAGCUGACAUAUGGUGGCAUCGUUCCUUGAAUAAUUGAUUUUGUGGGAACUGUUAUUGUCAUUUCGGAACUUGUAACGGCCAAAUAAGAAAUUACCCUUCUAGCA